ACUUUGUUUUGAUUAUUGUCUUACACUUUGAAUUCAUCUUAUUAUUGUUAAUAUCUAUUUCCUUUAUAAUUUCUAUACAAUACCGAAAAAUGAGUCGUCGUAAACGCACUAAGGUCGAAAACCGCGAAUUAGAUGAAAAGUUGAAGCAAGAUGAUUCUGAAUCUGAUCAAUCUGAAAAGAGUAAGAUUACGUCUUCGAGUCCCAAACCAGUUAUUGGACGGCGGGAGUCGUCUUCCAGUCGUACUACUGACUCUAAAAAAGACGAUAAGCCGAUAAUUAUCGAAGAAACUAAAAGUGAAGACAUUGAAGAAAUAAACUAUAAAGAGAUGCUAAACAGUUUGGAAGGAGCUGCGUUUCAAUCUAGACUUCCAUUUGACAAAAUGUCAUCUUUGGAAGCUGAGUGUUUCUCUGAUUUACAAGGACCAUCCAGUCAUACAUUUGUGCAAAUCAGAAAUCGUGUUUUAAAGCUUUGGUUUGAGGAUCCCAAGAAACAAUUGACUCUGGAACAAGCUGUACAAAAGAUGGAACCACCUUACAAUGGAGAUCCAGCUUUGGUUAUAAGAUGUCAUGCAUUUUUAGAAAGACAUGGCUUUAUAAACUAUGGUAUUUAUGAAAGAGUGACACCAAUUCCUUCUCCACCUAAAGGAAAACAUAGGCCCAAAGUUAUCAUUAUUGGAGCAGGUGUGUCAGGGUUAGCAGCUGCUCGUCAACUUCAGUCGUUUGGUUGUGAGGUUGUGAUUUUAGAAGGCAGAGACAGAGUGGGUGGUAGAGUUGUAACUUAUAGAAAAGGGCCUUAUGUCGCUGAUUUAGGGGCUAUGGUAGUAACAGGCUUGGGUGGCAAUCCUGUUACCACUUUGUCAGUUCAGAUGAACAUGGAAUUGCAUAAAAUUAAACAAAAGUGUCCACUUUAUGAAGCAACUGGAAAUCAAGUACCUAAGCAUAAGGAUGAAAUGGUGGAACGUGAGUUUAACCGUUUGUUAGAUGCCACGUCUUACUUGUCGCAUCAAGUGGACUUCAACUAUUACAAUGACACACCAGUCUCUCUUGGGCAAGCUCUAGAAUGGGUGAUAAAACUACAACAGAAGAAUGUUAAACAUAAGCAGAUUCAGCAAUUAAAAGCAGUAAUUACUUUACAAGAAAAAAUGAAGAAUAACAUAAACAAGAUGUCAGAUGUAAAAGAAUUAUUAAAGUCAAUGAAAACGGAGAAAGAAGCCUUGCUCGUUGAGAGAGAAAAGGGUGCGACUGGAGACGCGAGUAUCUUGCAAGAGUUUAAUUUACGUCGACUGAACAGAGAAAUGAAUCAGCUAUGCAACGAAUACGAAGCUAUGGUAACCCAGAACAGCACUAUUGAGGAUAAAUUGACCCAGCUCGAAACAAACCCACCCAGUUCCGUGUACCUGUCGGUACGCGACAGGCAGAUACUGGACUGGCACUUCGCUAAUCUGGAGUUCGCGAACGCAACCCCACUCGGUAACCUUUCGCUCAAGCACUGGGACCAAGACGACGACUUCGAGUUCACUGGAAACCACUUGACAGUUCGAAACGGCUAUUCGUGCGUUCCGGUGGCUUUAUCCGAGGGUUUGGACAUAAGGCUGGGGACGUCGGUCACAGAGAUAUCGUACGGUGGUCCCGGCGUCACAGUGAAGGCUGUCAACCCACGUGUCCCGAACCAGCCGCAGACGUUUAAGGGCGACGUGAUACUGUGCACAUUACCUUUGGGAGUGCUGAAAGUGGCGGUCGCAAACAACGGCCAGAAUCAGCAGAACUUUGUCAAGUUCGAUCCGCCGCUGCCUGAUUGGAAAGUGGCUGCAAUUAAACGUCUAGGCUAUGGGAACCUAAAUAAGGUUGUGUUGUGUUUUGAAAGAACCUUCUGGGACCCGAGCGCAAAUCUCUUUGGACACGUCGGCACGACUACGGCUAGCAGAGGUGAGCUGUUCCUGUUCUGGAAUUUAUAUAGUGCCCCGGUACUUCUUGCGUUGGUGGCGGGUGAGGCCGCGGCUGUUAUGGAGAAUGUGACUGAUGACGUCAUUGUCGGUCGUUGUAUCGCCGUGCUCAAGAGUAUCUUUGGGCAUGCAGCUGUUCCACAGCCUAAAGAGUGUGUGGUAACAAGGUGGCGUGCAGACCCAUUCGCUCGAGGUUCCUAUAGCUUUGUAGCAGUCGGUUCCUCUGGAACCGACUAUGAUCUUCUCGCAGCACCAGUCCCUGACUCAUCGGGUGAUAAUAGAUUAUUCUUCGCUGGUGAACACACAAUGCGUAAUUAUCCAGCGACUGUUCACGGCGCUUUCCUCUCUGGUCUCCGUGAAGCUGGACGGCUCGCCGAUCUUCUGAUACCUCAGGCUCCAAUAACGAACGCAAGCGUUGCAGCCGCUACAGCAGCAGCGAAUCAUGCUUGAUGGACGAAAAAGAGGCUGGCAUGUAUGAAUAAUAAUUAGACUGACUUAUCUGUUAUGUUAUGUUCAUCAUCAACGGUAUGUUUAUAUCAUUUUAGCCACUAAGAUAUUUGACUUCUUAAUUUUGAUUUAUGACUGAUAUGAUUUUUUUUUAAAUGUCUUUGCAAGCGAAUCAUGCAUACGUUCAAUGGUUACAGCAGUGUUACAGUUACAGGAUGUAUUUCAACAAUAACAGAAUUUUAACAAGUAAGAAGUUUAAUUUAGACGUGAUGUAAAUGGAUACUAGAUUACAUGAGAUACCUACUAUUUGCUUGAGUGUUUGCUUUUGUGUUAUUUUUUUAAUAUGUGCGUUUGAUUUUUAAGAUGUAGUUCAAUUAUAAUUGGCUUUAAUUUGUAUUGUGAAGUAGUCCGACUUUACUUAGUUUUAAUUGACCACUUUUUAUUCUAUCGGUACUUCUUUUUUAUUAUUUUGGUAUUCAUAUUAUUCUAUCCUUGUCGUUCAUUCAAAUUUAAUAAUACAAAUAGAAAGAGAACAAUUCCUUUUAUAAAUGAAACUGCAUUUGUAUUUAUAGUCAUAGUAUCUUCUUAGAAAGUUAUGAUUCUAUCUACCGAUACAAUACGGUACCCCGUAUUGUAUCGAAAUUUUACAAAGAAUGUAUUGCUUUCAACUCUCUUAUUUGAAAAUGACGUUUUCUAUAAAUGUAUGUUUAAUGAAAUGGAGUAAUCUAAAGGUUGUGUUCAAUAAUAGAAUUCUUUUUUUUCGAGUAUUAAAUAUUUUUGGAAAUAUCCUUAAUGUUUAAUUUAAUAUAAUUAACUUUAUAUACACUAGAUAUUUAAGCUGUGUGUUUGAUGGCAAAUUGACGAUAGAAUUUGUUAGUAGUGUGUUUACAAGCGUUUAGAAACCAUUUCUAAAAUAAAGGAUGUUUUUUAGUUGUGAAUUUGAUGACGUUUAUGAAGAGAUAAAAAAAAAUGGUUGUAGUUAUUCCAAUAAGAUUGCAGGAAAGCAACUUUUAUCGUCCGUUAACAUCGUUGAAUAAAAUUUUAAAUUAAAAAAAAUGAAACUUAAUAGUGUAAGUUCUUCGCUAGUUAAGAGCGAUGUUUUAAUUAGUAGGUUAGUUUAUUAUUGUUAUUUAACGAACACUGGACAGCUCACGAUGAAGGGACGUUAGCAUCUAAUAUAUUUAGACUCACCUAAGCUCUGAAAUUUAAUUAAAACUGAGUUCUAUUUUCAAAAUUCGAUUAUAUAUUCUUUUUUCGUUUUUAAUUAUAAAGUUAAUUUUAAUCCGUGGUCGGUAGAUAUGUUCAUUAGAAGUUUAAUUGCUCGUCACAGAUUAAAUAUAUUAUAGUUUUAAUGAAGGAUUUAUUUGUUUUGAUUUAAUAAAUUAUUAAUUUUACUAUAUCAGCUGUAUUUAGAGUGUAUUCUGUGACAACAAAAUCCUAUUUUAGUAAUUUGCAAGAUGAUUCAAACUUUCAUAUUCGUAGUAGUAAAAGUAGAACUAGUACAUAAAAAAGGUAUUACACAGAUAACAAAUAGAGUGACCAUAUUAUUACUUCAAUUCUAUAAUAAUAGUAUC